UAUUUACAUCAAUCAAACAAUUCCUUGUUUCCUGCUGCUCUGUGUUUUAAAUUUCAAAAUUUAUUGCAAUGGCGGUAAUCUUUAGAAGUUUGGUAAUUUUCUAUGCUACUUUAACGUUAUCAUACUCUACUUCCUUAGAUGUUCCAAUGGUUCAGUUGUUACCUAAUGAAAUAGUGAAUAAAAACAAUGACACAGAGCUUGUUGUAUAUUGUUUUGACAAUGUCCCUAAGUCAUUUCUGCAAAUUUGGAGAAGUGUUCAACUGCUUCUUGAGAAGGCACCAACUUCUUAUGAAAUUUUUACUGGGGAAGAUCCUUCUGUGGUGCUUAAGAAAUCAAAUGAAAAAUCAAUGUGGAGUCCUUCAUCUUGGUUUUAUAGUCAGAAAACUACAGUGGAAUUUCCAGCAUUUUCUCCAUAUUGUGUUGGAUUCUCAUCAAGAGAAAACUAUGAUUUGUUUCUAAAAGUACGAGUGGUGAAUUACUGGAAAGUAAUACAAAUGAUUGUUGGUAUUGUUCUGUUUUUCAGUGCACCUUCUCUUAGCAGGAAUCCAUUUUUCCAUUACACAUCUGGUGUUUCUGUAGGAGUUGUUGCAUCACUUCUUAUUAUUAUUUACAUAGUAGGACGCUUCAUUCCUGGGAGAUCUACAUAUGCAUAUGCAGUUAUGGUUUUUGGUUAUUCUUUUAUCUUGUAUUUAUUGCAAAAUGUGUGGCAACACUUCAAUGAUAUUGUUUCUAACUACAUGGAUAUUUUGUUGAUUUAUUGCCUGUGUGCUGCAUUGAUUAGCUUUAUUGUGUGUUAUCGCCUGGGACCUGUUGAAAAUGUUCGCACUUUUAAGAUCAUACAAGGGUGCAUGCAAUUAAUUGCUUUAGUAUUGAUUUAUCUUGGAUCAGAAUAUCGAGAAGUUUCAACUGCAAUUAUCAUAAUUUUGGGAUCCAUCUACCUCAUUCCAGCCCGUUGGAUUUCUCGCUUGCAAACAAUUUGGCUUCGUUUAUUUCCACCUAAAAUAAAACUUCUAACUGAAGUAGAAUAUAUUGAGCAGGGAAGNUAUCAAACUUUCGAUUAA